AUGAAAUCAACAAAUAGACAUACUGAUCAAAAUUCAUAUUCAAUUCAGCAUUUAAUUGAAAGUUUAAAUCUAAAUGAAUGUUUACAAGGAAAUAAAUAUGAUACUAAAUUAAAUAGAAAUGAGGAUAUGAUUAACAAAAAACAACAUUUACAUUCAAAUAAAUAUUUAAGUAAAGGUUUAAAUCCUGAAGGAUUUUUAAAUGAAAAUAAAUAUGAUCUUCAAUCACAUGGAAACAAAAUUAUGAUUAAUAAAAUUCAAAAUAUACAUUCCAAUAAAUAUUUAAUUGAUAGUUUAAAUCUAGAAGAAUAUUUAAAUGAAAAUAAAUAUAAUAUUCAAUUAAAUAAGAAUAAACAUAUGAUGAAUGAAAAUUUACAUUCAAAUGUACAUUUAAAUGAAAAUUCAGAUGGCAUUAUAUCAAAUGAAAAUAAACGUACCUAUAAUAUAAAUUUGAAUAAUGAAAAUAAUAGUCGUCAAUUGCAAAACACAAAAAAAAGAACAAUGGAUGUUUUCUUAGAAUUAGAAAAUAAAAUUGAUAAACAUAAUGAAUGUGUGGUACAAGUAAAUGAUAGUAUAUCAAAAUUAGCUGAAGAAAUUAAAUCAAUGAAUAAAUCAUUACAUGAACAUAUACGUGAAUCAGUUCGUCAACAAACUGAUAUAGCUAGUGAAUUAAAGUCAAUGAAUAAGUCAUUAGCUACAAUUGUUGAUAUUUUGGUGAAAAAUUCUAAACAAUCUUGA